UCGCAGGAACUUUUCCAAAUUCAGCUCAUUAAACCAACUUUUAAAUUGUAGCUAUUCCACGACAAAAAGUAAAGGCUCGAGCAAAUAUUUUUGAAUGAUGUUAUCAAGAUUUACUUUUAGUAUUUAUUUUCUAAAAUUAAAAUUUUACUAAUGUCAAGGUAAUAACUACUCGUCCAAAGAGACAUGAGUUACUUUGCACGAAAAAGGUCAAUAAGUUCUAAAUCAUGACCCGCUUACUUUCCAGACGCGUGACGAAAUUCAAAAUCAUCCAGCGAUUUACAACACAAUAAAACAUUUUACAUACGGCGGCCUUUGAAACGGCAAUGUCUAAAGGCUUCGAACCACAUUUGAAAAAAAAAAUGUUGGGUCAAAUAUUUUUAUUGUGCUCAUUCUUCACUUACCACGCCAUUUUCUUCCAGUGAUGGCACGAAAGUGGGUUUUUAUUCCGUGUUCCGGGAGAUUUGAAAUAUCUUUCGAACCAUGACGUGAUACCUGAACGCACCGAAUAUGAAUUAUCACGCAGGUAUUUCAGAGUAUAAAAUGUCAGAAUCGUCUGUGAUGGAUCACACUCACGACUUUCCUAUCAGGUGCUUACCAACAUCAGAAUGUUCUCAAAAAUGCAUGUCUCGAUCGUAAUGAUGACUGUACUCUUCGCUGUGGUCUCUUCUGUGCCACCAAGUCGUCCUGCCCAACUUCAAGAGAAGGAUAGACGUCAGAUAGCUAUUUCCCGCUCAGAUAGAGUGGAUCCUGAUGUGCCUAACUAUCCAGCCAAACCUUACCAGUUCGGAUACGAGCUUGAAGAUGGAUUUGGAAUGAGCCAAUACCGCAGUGAAGCGUCUGAUGGUACAGGAGUCGUCAAAGGCAGUUAUGGGUACAUGGAUCCAUUUGGAGUGUACAGAAAAGUGGAAUACACCGCUGACGACAACGGAUACCGAGCUGUAAUACGUAGUAAUGAGCCUGGAACAGCUAACCAGAAUGUUGCCGAUGCUGUGUUCAUUGUUGAACCUCCUCCAUCAGGUGUUGUUCAGCAAGACAUCCAAAAUGAUAUUUCACCAAGAGACAAUAAAAAAGCUUGAGGAGUCAAAACUGUUUAGUGUGUGAAAGUAACAGUGCCAAUAACUGGGUGCUAAUUAUGUAGUCAUAUUAUGUUGCAGUUUAUUGCAAGAUCUUUCCCACGAUGCUUUCAAAACUUUUACGACCAAAGAAAGACGCUGCAUAUGAGUGCCCUUCCUGCUUAAGAAUACAGAAAUGAAAAGUCACAUGUGAAGCCCUGGAAAAUCAAAUGAUUGACUUUAAACGAUUUUCCUGUAGGGUGUUAUUUCUCAAAAAAGUUUUAAUGUAUACGCGAGGUUUCACUCCCUUCCUCUCCCUUUUUUUCCACUGUGCAAAAUGUACCUUUUGUGUAAUUGUCUUUUUGGAAUA